CAUAAUAUGAAUCGUCCCAUUGUGUUUUCACUCUAAUAACAUCUUCCAUUUCAAAAUUUAUAAGAUAAUGUCUAACGUUCGUCCAUGGUUCCGUCUCUCUAGCAUCGCUAGGCCUACAUCACAAGCCUCAAGCGACCCUCCUCCUCCACCUCAAUCCCGACAAACCACUCGCCGUCCGGUGGUAGUCAGAACGCCGGCGAAACAACCUUCCCCUCCACGUCAGCAACAACCUCCUUCACCUCCACGUCAGCGUCCUCCCCCUCCACGUCAGCAACAACCUCCUUCGCCUCCACGUCAGCGUCCUUCCCCUCCACGUCAGCGAACACCUCCACCACCUCAAGAGCAGUCUCUAUAUCAUUCACCGCCGAGCCGCCACAUGUCACCACCGACCCCACCAAAGGCUGUGUCUCCAUCGCCGCCGACACCACCGCCUAGGUGGUCAUACACGCCGCCACCACCAUCUCUCAAGGAGGUUCAAGAAGCCUUUCCACCGCGAAAGCCAACUUCACCACCGAGUCCAGCUCAUUCGACCCGGUCAGUAAAAUCUGAAUCAGAGACUUAUCGAACAGCACCAUCACCGAGAGGACUCUCUCCUUACUCUCUCCCACCUCCUCAGCUACAUUCCGAACGCCAAACCACUCAGAAAAACAUUCUCACAGCUGAGAAAACAAACCAACUCCAAGAACCAAACCAUCAUAACCAUAACCCUAAUCAUCAAGGCAACAACACCAAGAAGACUCCACGUCAGGCAUCUUAUUCCGAAUUCGAAAACAUAAUGCGCACUCGAGUCAUCACCAUUGCAGGUGAGAACAAAGGUGCUGUAAUGGAGGUCAGACGUUCUCCUUCAAGCAACAAAACAGGUGGAGCAGGAACACAUCCCUCCAGGGGUUUUCACGGCACAGGAGAGAAGGGACGUAAACUUCAGAGCAGCAGCAGCAGCAGUGAUGAAGGAGAAGGGAAGAAGAAAACGACGAAGAACAAUAAUGCUAAUAAUAGUAAUCUCCCGAUGAAAGCAUUUAUAAACAGUAACGUUCAGAUGAUAAACAACUCUAUCGUUUACAACUCUGCGGCAACUCAUCACGAUCCCGGCGUUCAUCUCAAAAUCUCAAGGAAACCUGGCUCCGACAAUGGUUUCCACGUCAAGGACUACACGUACGGUAAAAGUGGCGGUGGAUACACCAACUAAGAAACUAAAAAAUAUCUCUGGGAAAAAAAUACCGAAAAAAUGCUAAAGGUUUUGUGUUUACAUUGUAAUAAAUUUAAUUUGAUUAAAAAUAUUAAAAUAAAGAAGAAAAGGAAAGAAUAAGAAAAAGAAAAAUAUAUGUGGGGUUAGUGGUUUCUGAUUCUUCUUUAAGCUUCUGGAAACCCUCUCACUAGUUUGGCGGCUUUGAUUCGUUUUAUCGAAACGUUUUUUUUUUAAUUUGUAAAAGGUUCUCUCUGUCUCUUUGACAUGGUCAAUGAGAUAUCGAUUUUAUUAAAAGUAAUAAUAAUAAUCAUUAAAUUAUUUCA